AUGGCACAAAUGGCAGCUGCGCCACUGAGGGCCAGGUUGGCGGGUCUCAGGGGUCACUUUAAAGGAAUGAGAAGCAUCAGUCGUCGGCCGACCAUGGAAACACUGCCGGUGGCGCGGAAGAAUGGGGUCGUCAGAGGGAUGGCUUCUUGUUUUGCCGCCUCCUUCCACCUGCUGAGUGCCCCUUGGUGCUGUGCACGCCCACUACCGCCCCUUGGUGCUGUGCACGCCCACUACCGCCCCUUGCUGCUGCUGCUCACGCCCACUACCGCCCCUUGGGUGCUGCUCACGCCCACUACCGCCCCUUGGGUGCUGCUCACGCCCACUACCGCCCCUUGCUGCUGCUGCUCACGCCUACUACCGCCCCUUGGGUGCUGCUCACGCCCACUACCGCCCCUUGCUGCUGCUGCUCACGCCCACUACCGCUCCUUGGUGCUGCUGCUCACGCCCACUACCGCCCCUUGGUGCUGCUGCUCACGCCCACUACCGCCCCUUGGUGCUGCUGCUCACGCCCACUACCGCCCCUUGGGUGCUGCUCACGCCCACUACCGCCCCUUGGGUGCUGCUCACGCCCACUACCGCCCCUUGGGUGCUGCUCACGCCCACUACCGCCCCUUGGGUGCUGCUCACGCCCACUACCGCCCCUUGGGUGCUGCUCACGCCCACUACCGCCCCUUGGGUGCUGCUCACGCCCACUACCGCCCCUUUGUGCUGCUCACGCCCACUACCGCCCCUUGGGUGCUGCUCACGCCCACUACCGCCCCUUGGGUGCUGCUCACGCCCACUACCGCCCCUUGGGUGCUGCUCACGCCCACUACCGCCCCUUGGGUGCUGCUCACGCCCACUACCGCCCCUUGGGUGCUGCUCACGCCCACUACCGCCCCUUGGUGCUGCUCACGCCCACUACCGCCCCUUGGAAUCUGGACACCACAUUGGGGUAGACUACCCUUGGUACACUACCCUGGAGUACCCAACCCUGGGGAGUACUACCCUGGAGUACCCAACCCUGGAGAGUACUACCCUGGAGUACCCAACCCUGGGGAGUACUACCCUGGAGUACCCAACCCUGGGGAGUACUACCCUGGAGUACCCAACCCUGGGGAGUACUAUCCUAGAGUACCCAACCCUGGGGAGUACUACCCUGGAGUACCCAACCCUGGGGAGUACUACCCUAGAGUACCCAACCCUGGGGAGUAUUACCCUGGAGUACCCAACCCUGGGGAGUACUACCCUAGAGUACCUAACCCUGGAGAGUACGACCCUAGAGUACACAACCCUGGGGAGUACUACCCUGGAGUACCCAACCCUGGGGAGUACUACCCUGGAGUACCCAACCCUGGAGAGUACUACCUUAGAGUACCCAACCCUGGGGAGUACUACCCUGGAGUACCCAACCCUGGGGAGUACUACCCUGGAGUACCCAACCCUGGGAAGUACUACCCUGGAGUACCCAACCCUGGAGAGUACUAUCCUAGAGUACCCAACCCUGGGGGGUACUACCCUAGAGUACCCAAUCCUGGAGAGUACGACCCUGGAGUACCCAACCCUGGGGAGUACUACCCUGGAGUACACAACCCUGGAGUACCCAACCCUGGGGAGUACUACCCUAGAGUACCUAACCCUGGAGAGUACGACCCUAGAGUACCCAACCCUGGGGAGUACUACCCUGGAGUACCCAACCCUGGGGAGUACUACCCUGGAGUACCCAACCCUGGAGAGUACUACCCUAGAGUACCCAACCCUGGGGGGUACUACCCUCUAGUACCCAAUCCUGGAGAGUACGACCCUGGAGUACCCAACCCUGGGGAGUACUACCCUGGAGUACCCAACCCUGGAGAGUACUACCCUGGAGUACACAACCCUGGAGAGUACUACCCUAGACUACCCAACCCUGGGGAGUACUACCCUGGAUUACACAACCCUGGAGAGUACGACCCUAGAGUACCCAACCCUGGGGAGUACUACCCUGGAGUACACAACCCUGGAGAGUACUACCCUAGAGUACACAACCCUGGAGAGUACGACCCUGGAGAGUACUACCCUGGAGUACCCAACCCUGGAGAGUACGACCCUGGAAUACCCAACCCUGGGGAGUACUACCCUGGAGUACCCAACCCUGGAGAGUACGACCCUGGAGUACCCAGCCCUGGGGAGUGCUACCCUAGAGUACCCAACCCUGGAGAGUACUACCCUACAGUACCCAACCCUGGAGAGUACUACCCUAGAGUACCCAACCCUAGGGAGUACUAG